UUUUAAACUAAGAUGAAUGAUCACUGUCACGUUUUGUGAGCACAACGAGAAAAUUCUUUCACUUUUCAGACGAAGAAAACGAAAAUUGCCGCGAAAAUGAUCGUUUAUCCAAACCAUUAUCAUUAUAAACAACAUAACAAGGUCAACAUCUAGAGCGUUACUGACGACGUUUCUGGCUCUAGUAACUCCGAUAAUUUUUGUCUAACGAGACAAGAUCAAGAUUUCCAUUCCCGGAGAGUCAAUUGUCGUUUUCUUACAAGUUGUCUGUAUCAUUGUUGGAAAUGCACUGCAAAUUGUUUUUUAUUUUGUCCCUUAGAAUGGUGGUGUUUUGUGAACGAUUUUAUAGUGUUGCCGAGGAAGACAGUGACGAAGAGGGAUAUGUUGAGAUUGAGGAUAGAUCGGUCCAGGCCCAUCCAGAAAUAUACGACGUCAGCAGAGAGCCUAGAUUUAUCCCAGAAGAUAAAGUUUCUUCAGAAAGUCUCGAACAAGGAGCCAGUUUAGAUCGGAUAGAUUUUCAUUAUCCCCAAGUUGAAUUCUUAACAAAAAACGAUUACUUAGAGUCAGAGUACGGUAAAAUUGUAACGCCACAGAAAGACGAACUUGUAUUGGUCCAAAGCCAAAUUAUAGAGCCUCCUGGGGAAGAAGGCUACUAUGGGAAUACAAUUCCAAAACGUAAAUAUGACAAAGUGAACAAAACGCAUUGGUACUACUAUCCAACACAAUUGUCGUAUGUUCAAACGUCUUCCAAGCCUUCUAAGUACGAAGAACUAGAAGUUAUAACAGUAACUCCUGAGAACAACAGCUUAGAGGGUACCAAAAGAAGAAUUGGCGCACUACUGAAGCGAUAUCUUGUGAAACUGUAUAAGAAAAAGUACAACAGUACUAUUGAUACAAGCCCCAGUCCUACCUUAGCGUCACCAAAGCUUGGUCAAGCAGCAGAACCUUCCAUCGAUCCUCCAAAGACAAAAUACAUCGAUGGUAGCUUGUGGAACUUCAAGAAUAAGACUCUGACGAAAAUAAAGAAAAUAUUCAGCUUGUUCACCAUAGUGAAGUUUAACAAUACGCAGUGUAAUGUGACAUACAAUGGCUACUCGUACUUGGGAGUUUGCUAUACUGCUGGUGAAUGUCAAAGGCUUGGAGGAACUUCUGUGGGAACCUGUGCAGCUGGGUAUGGUGUAUGUUGCAUCUUUAGGGGAAGCUGUGGCGGUUCGGCAUCACAAAACUGUAGUUACUUCGAGAGCCCCAAUUACCCAGAUUACUAUCCUUCUGGCAACAUGGUGAUUAUUCCAACAACUCAGCCUCCACCUGCAACAACUUCUAAUCCAUCGCCAACUCCAGACCCCAGGCUCACUUGGCCAUUCUCCAAAAACGGCUACAAAUACGGUAUAGAGGAAAGGCAGGGCAGCAACGUCUUGUCUUGCACGUUCAACGUCUACAAAUCCAAUCCAAGCGUCAACAGAAUGCGAAUUGACUUCGUAGAUCUGGAGUUAGCAGGUCCAAUUAACGGUACAUGCACUGUGGAAAGAUUAGUGAUCAUGGGUCAAGAUGGAAACGAUGUUAUUCCAGAUAUUUGUGGGUACAAUACUGGACAACACAUAUAUGUGGACGUUUCUACCCUUACUGGCCCUCUCCAGAUCUCCGUGUUGUCCACAAUGUCUUACAGAAAACGUUUUCGGUUACAAAUAUGCCAGUUCAAGAACUCGUGUAUGGAACCAGCUAAUAAUUGCUUGCAAUAUUACACGGGAGUAAACGGAGUAAUAUCAACUUUCAACUAUGACCAAGCAGCUAUGUUUAACCGAAGCCGCCCUGGAUACAUUAAUAAUCUAAACUACGCUAUCUGUAUCAGAAGAGAAGCUGGAUAUUGUACAAUAACAUACACUAAUGUCGUUAAUGGAAUGGAGUAUCCGUUUCAGUUAGUUAACUUCAAUGCAAUGGGGAUGAGGACAGUUCCGAUUGGACAAGCAGGUGCUGGAGCUAUGGAUUGUCCAAAUGAUUAUAUUGUUAUAGAUGGCAUCAGAUUAUGUGGUGAUAAAUUCAACGAUGGGACAAUACAGAUGAAUGCUUCCCUAAAUGCACCUGUCACAGAUACCUCUGCUGGACCGAUCGUCAUUCCAGUGAGAACUGACUUCUCACGUACCGGUUUGGGAUUCAAAUUGUUCUAUAUGCAAAAUUUAUGUAGCACUAGUAGAUUCUAUUAGUGUUAAUUCCGCCAUCUUUAAAAAAUAUUUAUAUAAUUUAUUUGAUUAAUUUAUUACUCCGAACUCUUAGAGAUUUAUAAUUUAGUCUUAUUUAAAUAUUAAGAAUUAAUCGACCUAUAUCAUAUUUGGAAUAAAUUUAUACGAAUUAAUUCACUAUGUAAAGGCAGCGUUGAUGCUAGUACAUCUAAAACCUGUUUUUGUUUUCAAUAAAUAUCUAC